GGCCGGCCGGCGAGGGCUCGGGACUCUGGGCUCACGAGGUGCGGCGCACGCCCCUCCCUCCCGCCGCCUAAGGUUUUUUCCGAGCCUGCUGGGCGUGCGCCACGUUUCUGAGGCGGGAGGAGACACUUCCGAGCCUGCUGUGUGACAUCCGUUUACACAGCCGCGCUGACGUCCGGAGGUGCUCCAUGAGGACAGGAAUUUUGUUCAGUAUUCAGGAAGAUAAUCAGGCUACUAUGUAGAAGAUGGACUAGGGAAGAAGCAAGCUCUUGGAAGGAAGACCAGUUAAAGUUGAUCAAAAGACAUCGCAUCAUUGCCCCAGAGAGGAACCCAGGAUUCUCACACCAUGACACCAUCCCCAUGUUUCUCCAGCCACAUUUGGACAUGGAUCAACAGCCUAAGGGGCAGGAUGGAGAAGGCACCCAGGGACAGCCACACAAGCUCUGCUUCAGUCCAACUUCCAAGCAAUCGGCGGGAGAAGAAAAAACAGAGGAAAAUUCGGAGCCAAAUUCACUGCUGAUGAACACUCCGGGGUUCGGGGCUGUAGACGACCCGCCUUCUAGAAGCGCACGCGGAGUAUUUCCUCUUUUUUCUCAAUGAACAAGAGGCCGAAGCGCCAACGGCAAGUCCUUUUUCCUAGCAGAUGAGCGAGUGGGAAAAGAAAACGGCCUCACAGAGAACCUAAAGCCAGAUGUCCAAGUGGUGCGGCCGGGUCCGCGUCGUAGCGGGGCGGCCCGGGGGCGCGGCCCGGGCAUGGACGCUGCGCGCUCCGCUGGCCCCUCUCCUCCGAUAGCGCUGCGCGCUCCGCUGGCCCCUCUCCUCCGAUAGCGCUGCGCGCUCCGCUGGCCCCUCUCCUCCGAUAGCGCUGCGACGCGCAGCUCUCGGCAGUGCAGACUGGGCAUUGUGGAGGCCGGCUGUACCAUUUUAUAUUCCCAUCAGCAACCUAUGCAGGCUCCAUUUCCUUGCCAACACUUGUUAUUUUCCUUUAAAAAAAAUAUUUUAGCCAUUCUAGUAGGUGUUUGGUGGUAUCCCAUUGUGGUUUUGAUUUACAUUUCUCUAAUUGCUAAUGAUGUUGAGCAUCUUCUUAUGUGUUUUGGUUAUUUAUCUUUAUUGGAGAAAUGUCAAUUAAAAUACUUUGCCCAUAUUGUUGAGUUGCAACAGUUCUUCAUGUAUUCUGAGUAGCAACCCUGUCAGAUAUAUUAUUUACAAAUAUUUUCUCCCAUUCUGUGGAUUAUCUUUUUAUUUUUGUGGAUGGUAUUCUUUGAAUCUAAGAAGUUUUAAAUGUUUCUGAAGUUUUAUCUAUCUACUUUAUCUAGUUUUCACUUCUUUUCUUUUUUUGAGGAGUCUCACUCUAUCACCCAGACUGGAGUACACUGGUGCAAUCUUGGCUCACUGCAACCUCUGCCUCCUGCAUUCAAACAAUUUUCCUGCCUCAGCCUCCCAAGCAGCCAAGAUCACAGGCAUGCACCACCAUGCCCAGCUAAAUUUUGUAGUUUUAGUAGAGACAGGGUUUCACUAUGCCAGCCAGGCUGGUCUCUGGUCUCAAACUCCUGAUUUCAGGUGAUCGGACUGCCUCAGCCUCCCAAAGUGCUGGGAUUACAGGCAUGAGCUACCACACCUGAACCAAUUUAUCUACUUUUUUCUUUCAUGGCUUGUGCUUUGGGUGUCAUGUCUAAGACAUCAUUGCCUAAUCCAAGGUUACAAAGAUUUAUAAUCAUAUUUUCUUCUAAGAAUUGUAUGAUUUCAGCUCUACAUUUAGGUCCUUGAUUCAUUUUCAGUUAAUUUUGUAUAUGGCAUAUGGUAGGGAUCUAACUUCAUUCUUUUGCCUGUGCCUAUUCAGUUGUCCUGGCAUAAUUUAUUGAAAAGAUUAUUCUUUCUUCCAUUAAAUAUACUGUUUUAAAAUGUCAUUUAUAUUUGUCUUAAUUUGAGAAUUCAGUCUCAUUUUUUUCUGAUAUCAAAGGUUAAAUAUCUUUAGAAAUGGAGUAACAUUAUUUGUUGAGCAACUGCUAUGUGCUAGGCACUGUCUUGGUGCUAGUUUUCUUUCUAAUUUAUUCAUUCCAUAAUAUUCAUCAAGCAAACUCUAGGUUCCUUUGUUCUGGACUCUGAUUUUUCCUAAUAGCAAUAUGGUGUUCAGUGGUUAUUAUAUUCCACUAGGGAAGAUAAGAAAAUAAUGUGUGAUUUAAUCUGAGAAAGUAAAAUUUUCUAUGAAGAAAAAGAACAAAAAGAUGACAUAGAUUGACAGGGAUGGCAAGUGGACUAUUUUAGUUAGAGUGGUCAGAAAAGGCCUAUCAGGGAAGGAGACUUUUGAGCAGACACCUGAAAGAUUGGAGGAGGCAAUGUAGGGGAAUGUAUUCCAGGCAAAGAAAAUAUAAAUGUUUGAAUUCUUAGGGCCAGAAUGGUUUUCAUGUGUUGAGGGAAUAACAAAAAGGCCAGCAUGACUGGGUAGUGUGAAGAAGGAAAUGGAAAAGGUGAACUAGAGAGAGUAGCCAAGGAUCAUGUAGAGGCUCAUGAGUGUGAAAAUGCUUAGACGUUGCUCUCUUUGUUAUGGGAGGCAUUGGAAGGUGUCAUGUGGGACUGGUAUUUUAAGAAACCACUCUGACUGCUCUAACGGGACCUAGAGAAGAAGGAAGACCAGGAAGUAGGUUAGUAUAAUAAUUCAGAUGAGAGUUAAUGGUGGCUUGGACUAGGUUAGCAGAAGUGGAGGUAAUGGCAAGAAGCAGCUUCUCCACUCCUUCUGGAAUCUCUUCCGGGUUCAGCCCACCUGCCUCCACUCCUGCCUCCACCAUGUCCAUCAGGGUGACCCAGAAGUCCUACAAGGUGUCCACCUCUGGCCCCGGGGCCUUCAGCAGCCGCUCCUUCAUGAGUGGGCCCAGUGCCCGCUUGAGUUCCUUGAACUUCUCCCGAGUGAGUGGCAGUGGCUUCCAGGGUGGCCUGGGUGCAGGAUAUGCUGGGGCCAGCUGCAUAGGCAUGGGAGGCAUCACUGCCGUCACCAUCAACCAGAGCCUGCUGAACCCCAUUAAGGUGGAUGUGGACCCCAACAUCCAGGCCGUGCGUACCCAGGAGAAGGAGCAGAUCAAGACCCUCAACAACAAGUUUGCUUCCUUCAUCGACAAGGUGUGGUUCCUGGAGCAGCAGAACAAGAUGCUGGAGACCAAGUGGAGCCUCCUGCAGCAGCAGAAAAUGGCUAGGAGCAACAUGGACAACAUGUUUGAGAACUACAUCAAUAACCUGAGGCGGCAGCUGGAGACUGGGCCAGGAGAAGCUGAAGCUGGAGGCGGAGCUUGGCAACAUUCAGGAUCUGGUGGGGGACUUCAAGAACAAGUAUGAGGAAGAGAUCAGUAAGCAUAUAGAGAUGGAGAAUGAAUUUGUCCUCAUCAAGAAGGAUGUGGAUGAAGCUUACAUGAACAAGGUAGAGCUGGAGUCUCGCCUGGAAGGACUGACUGACGAGAUCAACUUCCUCAGGCAGCUGUAUGAAGAGGAGAUCCGGGAGCUGCAGUCCCAGAUCUCCGACACGUCUGUGGUGCUGUCCAUGGACAACAGCCGCUCCAUGGACAUGGACAGCAUCAUUGCUGAGGUCAAGUCGCAGUACGAGGAGAUCGCCAACCGCAGCCGGGCUGAGGCGGAGAGCGUAUACCAGAUCAAGUAUGAGGAGCUGCAGAUGCUGGCUGGGAAGCACAGGGAUGACCUGCGGCGUACGAAGACAGAUCUCCGAGAUGAACUGGAACAUCAGCUGGCUCCAGGCUGAGAUCAAGGGCCUCAAAGGCCAGAGGGCUUCCCUGGAGGCCGCCAUUGCAGAUGCUGAGGAUCGUGGGCAGCGAGCACUCAAGGAUGCUCAUGCCAAGCAGCAGGAGCUGGAGGCAGCCCUGCAUCAGGCCAAGCAGAACAUGGCACGGCAGCUGCAUGAGUACCAGGAGCUGAUGAACGUCAAACUGGCCCUGGACAUCGAGAUCGCCAUCUACCACAAGCUACUGGAGGGCGAGGAGAGCCGGCUGGAGUCCGGGAUUCAGAUCAUGAGUAUCCACACGAAGACCACCAGCGGCUAUGCAGGUGGUCUGAGCUCUGCCUAUGGGGGUCUCACAAGCCCCGGCCUCAGCUACGGCCUGGGCUCCAGCUUUGGCUCUGUCGCGGGCUCCAGCUCCUUCAGCAGCACCAGCUCCACCAAGGCUGUGGUUGUGAAGAAGAUGGAGACCCGUGAUGGGAGGCUGGUGUCUGAGUCCUCUGAUGUCCUGCCCAAGUGAACAGCUGCAACAGCCCCUCCCUGCCUACCCCUCCCAAGGCUGCUCCAGAGUCCAGGAGAGAGGCCGCUGUGCAGGGAAUGGGAGACCCACCCGACCCUCAGCCCACCCGUGGGAGUUUACUGCCUGGGGACUCCCCUUGCCCAUGCCUCUAGCUGCAAAACAAUUCAAUUGCUUCUGGUCCAAAAUAAAAUCUCAGCUAGCUCAGGAAAAAAAAAGAAGUGGCGGUAAUGAGAAGUAUUCAGAUUCAGGUGUGAAUCCACAUUUUUGCAUGUAGAUUCUGCACAACCAACUAAUGAAUCAAAUGUGGAGUGGAGAGAAUGAAAGAGAAGCAAGUUCAUGUUCUCCCCCUUCCCCUGCUUCUUUGCUUCUCAUUUAUUCAUCUAAUAGAUAUUUGCUGAGUCACUUCCAUGUGUCGAUAUCUGUGCUAGAUACUGAGAUAAAAUAGUGAGCAAUAACCAGAUAUAGUGGCCACGGGGGUUCUAGAAUAGUGGGGAAGAGAGAUAUUAAACAGGAAAAAAUAUAAAAUAAACAAUUUCCACUGUAUACUAUGAAGAGGGGAUUCACAGACCUGUUAGAGGCUAUAAGAGAGGAAUGAGUGUCCUGACGAGGUGAUGCCAAUGCUGAAGUGGGAGUAAGAGUUGUCUAAGAAAGAGGCAGUAGUGCUCCAGAAACAAGGGGCAGUAUGUGGCAAGUCCCGAUGGCUUGAAGAGAGAACAAGGCGCCAAGAAGACUGAAGUGGAUGUGCUGGGAAGCCAUGUGGAAGUUCUAGCUCCCUUUUAUGAAAAAUGGGAAGUCUUAUGAAAUUUAUAGGGGUAAGAGUUGAGGUGGGAAUAGUGAUAACAGGAUAAAAUUUAUACUUUUGGUGGAGAAUUGCUUGAAGAAUCGUCGAAGGGGAUGCAGUUAAGCCUGUUACCAUACGUCAAUGUCUUGCAUUAGGCUGGGGCUACUGGAUACCUGAUGGUGCCAUUCCCAGAGAUGAACAACUGGAGGAGAAACACUGUCCUGGUUCAUCAACCCACCUGACUUGCUUUUCUCUGUUUUGCUUACAGCUUCUCCUCCCCACAACUUUGCCUUUCAUGUGGUUGUUGCUUAACAUGGCUUAUCAAACCUCUACUUCAGUGUUACUGCUAGCUGCUUUGGUUUCUCAGAUUUCCCAUGCCAAAUUCCUGGGAAAAAAAGGUAAUUGGCCCAGUUAUUCUUUUUGAGGCAGGAAACACAGGCUGUGGCAGGCUCACCAGCAUUUGAAACAGAUGCCCAUUAGUCAGAUCCAAUCAGAUUUAUUCUUAAGUCAGGGGAGAGAGACAGACCCCACAGUGAAAACAGAUGCAAAGGUAUUUGCGAAUGGUGGACAUUGAUAGAUACCGCCACUCUAGUUCCAUUUUGGGAAAAGUAACUACAUGUAGAGAGAUAGAUAUUUACAUACCCAGAAUCAUAUCUGGUGUUUUGUUUGAGGUUUUAGAAAAUAAGCUGCCAGGAAUCACUUUAUUAAACACUACUGCAAUAGGAAAAUGAUCAAACAAAUUCAUUUUACCAUCAUCAAGAGAAAUCAAUCUUUUUCUAUGCAGCAGGACUUUAAGAAAAUCUUAGUAAACUAAUUUUUCAAUCUUUUAUAUUAACAAAAAUACCUAUAAUUCCAGAUAUGGAGUGGGGGGGGGAGAGAGAGAGAGAGAGAGACCCUAUUUGCCACCAGUGGAGGCAAUAGCACCAUUCCUGACUCUGAAAAUUGGCAAUCGAAGAGAAAAAAGUAAACAAUUACUGACCCUCUUUAUGAGAACUUCUAUUUUAUUUCAGUUUAAGUUCUUUGUUAUAGAAGACUAUCAGCUAAAAAUGUAGGAGAAAUAAGUGAAUUAGACAAAUCAGUACUUUGUAACCCCAUUUGUAAUAAUGUUCCAAAUAAAAAUCAUUAAUAGAUGCUAAAAUCAUGUUGUGGAGAACAGAAUAUUUUCAGAGCCCCCAGAUACCAUCCUGUGGAUUACUUGCUAACUGCAAAGGAAAUAACAUUCAUUUAUAGUAGAAAGAUCUGCUGAUCAUCAUCUUACUUGAGAGUUCAAACUUAACAUCACUAGCUCUUCCGGUCCUAGGAGCUUCGGGAACCGCGGCUUGGGUGCAGACAUGGCCAAGUCCAAGAACCACACCACACACAACCAGUCCCGAAAAUGGCACAGAAAUGGUAUCAAGAAACCCCGAUCACAAAGAUACGAGUCUCUUAAGGGGGUGGACCCCAAGUUCCUGAGGAACAUGCGCUUUGCCAAGAAGCACAACAAGAAGGGCCUAAAGAAGAUGCAGGCCAACAAUGCCAAGGCCAUGAGUUCACGAGCUGAGGCCAUCAAGGCCCUCGUAAAGCCCAAGGAGGUUAAGCCCAAGAUCCCAAAGGGUGUCAGCCGCAAGCUCGAUCGACUUGCCUACAUUGCCCACCCCAAGCUUGGGAAGCGUGCUCGGGCACGCAUUGCCAAGGGGCUCAGGCUCUGCCGGCCAAAGGUCAAGGUCAAGGCCAAGGCCAAGGAUCAAACCAAGGCCCAGGCUUCAGCUCCAGUUUCAGUUCCAGCUCAGGCUCUCAAAGGUGCCCAGGCCCCUACAAAGGCUUCAGAAUAGAUAUCUUUGUCUGCCAAUGCGAGGACAGAAGGACUGGUGUAACUCCCCUGGGGCUGCCAUCUGCAUGGGGCUGGGGUCCUCCUGUGCUAUUUGUACAAAUAAACCUGAGGCAGGAUUAAAAAAAAAAAAAAAAAAAAAAAAAAAAA